AUGGGUGUAAUAACGUUAAACGUAAUUUGGUCACCGCAGGGAGACGAACAAUCCCAAUUGAAGAAGGCAAUGCAGUUCGAAUCGACUACUCUUGUUUUCGAUGCAUGUAAAAUUAUCCGAGAAAAAGUAUCCGGAAAUAAUAUUAACCCUAAGGAAUAUGGUCUAUUUCGGCUCGAAGAAGAUCCAACUAAAUGUGUUUGGAUGGAAAAUGGUCGAACUUUAGAAUAUUAUUUAGUUCGCAGCGGAGACACAGUUGAAUAUAAAAAGAAAAUUCGACCACUAAAAGUGAGAAUGUUGGAUGGUGCUGUGAAAACAGUAAUGGUAGAUGAAAGUCAGCCAGUGGGUGAAAUAAUGGUCGUUGUAUGUUCCAAAAUUGGUAUUAGCAAUCAUGAAGAAUAUUCAAUGGUGCGUCAAUCGUUGGACCAGGAUUGGCGUUCAACACUUACGCUAAAGGAAGAAAGAAGAAUGAAAAGCGAGGAGCGUGGUCUUGGUUUCGGCACGCUUGGACGAAAUAAAGAAAAAAAAAUGGAGCAACUUAGGGCUAAAUUACACACCGAUGAAGAGCUGCUAUGGCUUGAUCAUGGUAAAACUCUGCGUGAGCAAUCGGUAAAUGAUGAUGAAACGCUCAUCUUGCGUCGAAAGUUCUUUUUUUCGGACACAAAUGUUGACUGUCGCGAUCCUGUGCAAUUAAACUUACUGUAUGAGCAGUGUAAAAUGGGUGUUUUGCAAGGAAAUCAUCCUGUCACGCGUGAUAUGGCUUGCAACUUGGCUGCCUUACAAUGUCAAAUACAGUACGGUGAUCUUCAAGAACAUCGACAACGAGCUAACUUCUUAGAUCUCCGUGAAAUUUUGCCAAAGGAAUAUGUAAAGUCGAAGGAUAACGAGAAGCGUGUAAUGGAUGCUUAUCGUGAAUUAACUGGAAAAAAUGAACUGGAUGCAAAGAGCAAAUAUGUUCAUUUGUGUCGUUCUUUGCUUACUUAUGGUGUGACAUUCUUUGUGGUGAAGGAGAAAAUGAAGGGUAAGAACAAGCUGGUACCACGGUUGCUGGGUGUAAAUAAAGAAUGUGUGAUGAGGAUGGAUGAGAAAACCAAGGAAGUGCUCCAGGAAUGGCCAUUGGAGCAAGUAAGACGAUGGGCUGCCUCACCUAAAACAUUUACAUUGGAUUUCGGUGACUAUCAAGAUGGUUAUUAUUCCGUACAAACGGCAGAUGGUGAAAAAAUUGCGCAGUUGAUUGCUGGUUACAUUGACAUUAUUUUGAGAAAGAAACGAACUUGUGACCAUGUUGGCAUAGAGGGUGAUGAAGGUUCAACGAUGUUAGAAGAUAUCGUAGCGCCGGCACGUGCUACAUUGGUCGCACAUGGACAAAUUGCUGAAGGAUUUGCACAUGAAGGCAGUGUUGCUAUUCCAGGUGUUUUACGAACUCCUGGUAAUUUAGUAUCUGGACAGAGGGGAAUUCUGAAUGGUGCACAAUAUGGUGCUGUAAGUGGGCAGAUUCUCCAACAACAACUUGCAAAAGGUCAACGGCCACGUAUAGUUGAUUCGCAGGAACGAGCUCAGCGAGCUUUAAUUGGUACAAUUGAAGCAUCAAUACGUGCUGUUGAAGCCGCUGAAGAAGAAAUGAAGAAGCCAGUAGAGAUCCAGAUGCCACGGUUCAGUGAUGAUCCUGCUUCACGGCGUUGGAUUGAAACUAAAGUAGAAGUCGAAAAACAAAAAGUGGGUGACCAGCUAGCACAAAUGGGAGCUGCUACAGCUCAGGUUGUACAAUUGACAGCAGUUACAGAUGAAGUGGAUUCAAAAGUUGGCACGGCAAUAGCUACAAUUGGAUCAAAUAUGCCAGAAAUGGGUCGCGGAGUACGUGAAUUAGCUGCCUUAUUGCCUGACGAACAACGACGUGGUGAUUUGGUUGGUGCUGCUCGAAAGUUAUGUGGUGCUUUUUCUGAUUUCCUGAAUACAGUCAAUCCGGAACAUGAAGAGAAACGAACAACAGUACUUGCUGCUGCUGGACGUGUUGGUGAUUUCUCACAAGCUGUUAUAAAUACCUUGGAUGAACCAACCAAUGAAGUGAGGACAUUCCAUGAUCAUUUGGUGCAGCGUGCAAAGAAUGUAGCAACCUCUACAGCACAACUUGUACUUCGGGCUAAAACUAUAUCUGCUGAAUGCGAAGAGCCGGCAUUGCAAGACAAAGUGAUUCAUUCUGCUACCCAAUGCGCUUAUGCUACUUCUCAACUGGUAGCAUGUGCUCGAGUUGUUGCGCCAACUAUCGAUUCUCCUGCUUGUCAGGAACAAUUAACAUCUGCUGCGAAACAGGUAGCUCGUGCAGUGGAGGAUCUAUUAGUAGAUGCACAAGAAGCGUGUUCGCGAAGCAUUGGUGAUGGAAAGAAAUCUUUUACUGAUAUUCACGAGGCUUCUCGACAGGUGACAACAGCAUUGGAUGAUUUGCUUUUGCAUGUGAAAACUUCACCGAAAUUAAUUCGUACAACACAAGAAAAUUAUGAAUAUGAACAAAUUUUGAAUCAAUCUAGAAAGAUUAUUACAUAUCAGGGACCAACCGAAGAUAUGGUGCGACAAGGCGAAAACGCAAUACGCCAUAGUCGUUUAUUAGUCGAGCAGAUGGAAGCAGAAGCAGAUCGUACACCGGAACGCCGUGAUCGCUUACUUGAUGCAGCUCGUUCAGUGGCACAAGCUACUAGCCGAAUGAUCGAUGCUACGAAGGAAUGUCAAGUGCGUCCGCAGGCAGCUGAAUCGCAAGUAGCAUUACGCGAUGCCGCUGAAAAGUUGGUGACGGUCACCAGUGAAGCAACCAGUGAGGAACAAUCAAAAAGAACUAUGGAACACCUCGAACAGGCUGCAAAACAAGCUGCAGCUGCAGCAACGCAAACUAUAGCAGCAGCGAAUGCUUGUCAGCCAUAUAUUCAAUCGAAAACAGUAACAGAAACAUUGAUCGUCGAAUGUACAGAAACAGCAGAACGAGUACCUCCGCUUAUUGCAUCCAUCCGUGAAAGUCAGGCAGCUCGUUCACCCAACGAAAAAUUUCGUGCUCAAAGCAGUUUGAUUCGUGAUACGACGCAGGUACUGCGACCGGCUACCCGACUAGUUGAGGUUGCACGCCAGACAGUGCCUUCAGUUCCGGAACAACAUGUAGCCAUUCAUUUACAAUCUACUAGUCAACAACUUUCCACACAACUAGCAGAGUUAAGAGUUGCUUUGAACAAUGCCAAGCAGCUUAAUUUUGAAAUGCAAUUGGCACAUUCGGAAGAUCUAAUUCGAGAACUGGAUAAUGAGCUUAUUGAAAUUGGUCGUGCCGCUCAAAACGGACAACUUACCGCAGUGCCUGGAGAAUCAGCCGAAACUGCGAGUUCCAAGCUAGCUAGUUCUGCUAGACAGGUUGGUUCAACGUUGACUCAAAUGGUAAGCGCAGUAGCAAGUGGUGAUCGUCAACAUGUUGGUGCAAGUGCGAUCGAAGCAGCACAGUCGUUGCGAACGUUUGUGUCUGCUGUUCAUGGAAUAUGUUCAACAAGAAAAGAUACAACCGUAGAUAGGUUCAUUGUCUCAGCUCGUUCUGUAGUCCACGAUUCAGGACGUGUAUUUGAUAAGGUACGUGAACAGGCGACAUCGCAGCAGCUUAAUGAUGCUACAAAACAAGUAGCAGUAUCAUUACGGCAAUGUUUAUCGUGCUUGCCGGAUACGCAACAUGUUGAAAGAGCUGUUAGCCAAAUUAAAUCGUUCAGAGCUCCUGAAAUAGCAUCUAUCGUAGAUCUCCGUGGUUCAGCUUCACGGCUUAUAGAAGCUUGUUCACAGUUAGCAGUAAGCUUGCAAGCACCGCAGGAAACAGCAGCUGUGGAUGUAUUUGUUCGAUCUUAUACUGAUUUCCACACUGCUGUUACACAAGCCAUUAAGCAGCAACAGGAUGGAGUGCAACGACAGCAAUGUGUAUCUUACCUGGAAACAGUUCGAAACGAAGCAGUGAAUGUUGUAUGGCGUACCCAUACUGCUUCAAUGGAUGCUUCCAAUGCGUCAGCUUUACAAUUACUAUCUCAAUCCACUCGUUCACUUACUGAAUCCGUCAAUGCUAUCGUUGAAAACGUGAGCCGCGAGGCUCCUUGGCAACGUGAGUGUGACGCAGCAUUACGGCAGAUAAAGUCUGUACGGCAUAUUCUGGAUCGAGCCAACUUGCCGGUCAAUAAUGAAGGUUAUUACGAAAGUUUGGAUUCUGUGACGGAGCAAGCAAAACGGUUGGGUGAAGGUAUGACUGGUAUAGCACGACAUGCAAAGAAUCAGGAUACUCAUUCACUUUGCGAAAGUGUUCACAUUGCUGCAGAUGCAAUUUGUGGUCUUGCCGAAGGAGCCACUCAGAGUGCUUAUCUAAUUGGUGUUGCUGAUGCAAAGAGUCAACCAGGACAUGCAGCUAUCAUCGAUACAUCAAAAUGUCAUCGUUCCGUUGAAAUUGUCAAACAGAUAUGUGAACGAAUUGAACGCAUGGAAUAUACGCAGCAACAAAUUCUUGAUGAUGCUACAGUUAUUGCCAAACACACUUCAACACUAGCCAAUUUAUGUCGCGAAGCAUCAGAACGGGCAUCAAAUGUAAACUUAAAGAAGCAGUUUAUCAACUGUGCUCGAGAAGUUGCAUCAUCUACAGCUUCUUUGAUAAGUGCUGUGAAACAGCUGGAUAGCUCAUUCACAGAGAAAAACCAGCGAGAAUGUACGGAAGCAGCGCGAUCUCUGUACACUGCAGCUCAACAACUAGAAACAUUCGUGGACAAUCCGGACUUUGCAGCAGUUCCUGCUAAGAUAUCUAUAGCUGGUGAAAUUGCACAGAAGUCAAUUCUCUUAUCAGGCAGAGAAAUGCUAGAUGCCAGCUAUGAAAUGAUCUUAACUGCUAAGCAGCUUGCUGUAUCACCAGCAGAUGCAUCAACUUGGCAACGCCUUGCUGAUAAUUCAAAAAUUGUUAGUGAGAGUAUCAAACGUUUAGUAACAUCUAUCCGUGAACAAGCACCUGGUCAGGUGGACUUGGAUGCUGCAAUAAACCAGCUUCAGCAGAUGAUUCAACAAAUCGAUCGAGCCUCAAUGGAUGCCUUACAAGACCAACUGCCACGUGGUGUAAUCACUGAACAACGAGUUCAUCAGCAAAUCUUGCAUGCUUGCCAAUCUCUUUAUGAUAGAAUUGAGCUAUUACGUGAAGCAACAAUUGGACACAGUGAAGAACUUGGACAUUGUGUACAUGAACAUAUGGAAGCAAUAGAACCAUUGGUACAGUCUUCUAUACAAGCAGCUUCAGUAACCUAUGACACAAAAUCAUUAACAACAAUCUUUGAGCAAUGUAAGACUGUCGUUGAAGCGGAGCUACAGAUGCUAUAUGCAUGCAGAAAUGUCACUAGAAAUCCGAAGGCUCGUGAUUUGCAUGUAAUAUUAAGUGAUAGUGCUAGUCAGCUACGUGAUGCUCUUGCUGAAAUGCAGCGAAAUAUAAAUCGUAUGGCAUCUGAAGCUGGUGUUAUUCUUGGAGUUGUGGAGAAUAUAUCUAGAUCGAUAGCUCUUACUGAUGAGACUACUUCACAGACAAUCACGGGAACAUUUACAGAUGCACAAACACGUAUGAUAAGUGCGUUGGAGGAAAUAUCACGCCUUGCUACUGAUAUGCCUCUUACGCCUCCAGAAUCGUUGGGAUCAUUGGCAUUGCGAUUAUCUGAACGCUAUUCUGAUCUGGCUACCGAUUCACGCCUUGCCAUUGCAACACUAUCUUCUCCAAAUCUAGCACAGAAAUUACGAGUGGCUGUGCAGAAAUUAGGUACUGCUUGCAUCGAAGAACGUGUACUAGAUGAUUUGUCUCGUGGAUCACAGACCGUGGUAGAAAGAGUACAAGAAGUGCUUGCAGCGCUCCAUGAAGGGUCACGUGGCACGCAAGCAUGCAUUAACGCUGCCAAUACUGUAUCCGGUAUCAUUGGUGAUCUUGAUACAACAAUUAUGUUCGCAACUGCUGGAUCGUUGAAUCCACAAAGAGAUUCCGAAAAUUUUGGAAACCAUAGGGAAGCAAUUCUAAAAACUGCAAAAGCCUUAGUAGAAGAUACGAAGGCACUUGUGGCAGGUGCAGCAUCAAAUCAAGAGCAACUAGCAGUUGCAGCACAGAAUGCUGUGCGUACUAUUGUCAAUUUGUCAGAUGCGGUUAAGAAUGGUGCUGUUUCAUUGUCUUCCGAUAAUGCUGAAGCCCAAGUUAUGGUCAUUCAUGCAGUUCGUGAUGUCGCAGCUGCUCUUUCAAAUUUAAUUCAAGCUACAAAAAAUGCAUCGGGCCGCUCACUUCAUGAUCCUGCUAUGGGAUAUCUUAAAGAAGCAGCUAAGAUUAUGGUAACAAACGUAACAUCAUUACUAAAAACUGUGAAAACAAUUGAAAACGAACAUCAACGCGGUGAGAGAGCACUGGAAGCAGCUAUUGAAGCUAUUAGUCAAGAAAUUAGUCUUUAUGAUAGUGGUGAAGCACCUUCAAGAGGAGGAGCAACAGCAGAAGAUCUUAUCCGAUCAACAAAACAGCUGACUGCAGCAACAGCUCGUGCAGCAGCAGCAGCACAAACACUACAACAAAGUGAUAUUAUUGCAGCAGCUAAUAUUGCCCGGCAAUCUGUAUGUGAUUUGUUAGCCACCACCCGCGCUGCUGCUCUGUCUGCUGAUUCGGCUGAUGCUAGAUAUCGUACACUAGACUGUGGACGUGAAGUGGCUGUUCAGGUACGCUCACUUCUGAUAACUCUUCAAGCGUUGACUAUACGACGAGAUGAUCCACAUGCUCGGGAUGCUUUGCUGGAAGCAUCUAGACGAAUUGCGAAAGUGGUCGGUGAACUUGUAAAUUGUGGUGAACUGCUGAAAGGUGAUUCGUGGACUGAUCCAUCAGAUCCAACAGCAAUUGCAGAAAAUGAGCUUAUCGGAGCGGCAAACUCUAUCGAAGCAGCAGCUGUGAAACUCUCCCAGCUUAGACCACGUCAGGCUCAGAAAGUAGACGAUUCACUAACAUUCGAUGAGCAAAUUCUGGCUGCAGCGAAAUCAAUUGCAACUGCUGUACAGACUCUUGUGAAAGCAGCAUCUGCAGCACAACGUGAGCUGGUCGCUCAAGGAAGAUUGGAAGCACAUCCGGCAUUUGCAACAGAUGAUUAUCAGUGGUCGGAAGGAUUGAUCUCAGCGUCUCGACUUGUUGCAGCAGCCGUUCAUCAGCUUUGCGAAGCAGCUAAUGCACUUGUGCAAGGUCAUUCAUCUGAAGAGAAACUUAUUUCGGCUGCAAAACAGGUAGCCUCCUCAACUGCUCAUCUUUUGGUAGCAUGUAAGGUAAAGUCAGACUUAGACAGUCGUGCCAUGCAGAGAUUGCAAAGUGCAGGGCAUGCCGUUAAGACAGCUACGGAACAUUUGGUAAUGGCUGCUCGUUCAGCGAUACAUGAAGAUGAGCGUACUUUAAUCAUUUCACAGCGCAUGGUUUCAGGUAUUGCACAGGUAAUGGAUGCGCAAGAACAAGUUCUUCGAAAAGAACGUGAACUAAUUGAAGCGCGAGGAAAGUUAGCAGCGUUGAAUAAGGCUCGAUAUGAACGUGGUAUGUCUCCCAAUACUGAUCGUUAA